UCCAGUUAAUCAGGCUUAAAAUGACAUUAAAUGGCUUCUUUACGAAAAAUGCUAUUUAAUACUGCAGUUAAAUGCAAUGAUGACAACAUUUGGAUAUCGAAAGUAGGAAGGCAGCCAUUUUUGCUUUGUAAAGUACAUACAGAACAAUAAUCAUCUAAAAGUAUCUUCCACAAGUAUCAGCUCUUUGUCGAUAUUUUUUAGCCUGAGAGUAACAUAUUUUGCAAAAGGGCCAAUUUUUAGGCAUAUUUUAUUAAUUCCUUGACUAAGUUCUUUUAAAUGUCAAAUUUUAAUUCCCCAACGAUCAGACGAGCUACACUUUGGCAGCCAUAAUAAGACGUGCUAGGCUUGGGCAAGCGGGUUUUGUGGUACGUGCAAGUGUUGUGUUUGCUCCGUAUUUUAUAUGAUUUCAAUGCGAAAAAUUGGACAGAAUAAUCAGAUACAGUGUGCUAUGUUAACAUUAAGGUAUUGAUAUGCUCUUAGAGCAUGGAAAGUACUAUACCAUUUGCUCGCUUUGGGGCCAGCUGACUUAACAGGUCAAGGACAGCAUUUUUAAACAUUGUACAUUAUUUUGGGGAGAGUCUUUUGACAAAAUGCAACAAGUUGAAACACCGAUUCAGAAUAAUGCGAGCCCCACAAAGGCCACCGACGACAGGGAGCCUCCACCCCGAGUAGAUGUGCCCCUUGAACCGGUAAAUGGUGUGGUUCAGCCCCCCGUCCAUCCACCUCCCAAUCGGCCAGGCAGGGUCACUAACCAGCUGCAAUUCCUACAAAAGACCGUUCUUAAAGCAGUAUGGAAACAUCAGUUUGCCUGGCCCUUCCAUCAACCCGUUGACGCCAAAAAACUCAAUCUACCCGACUACCAUAAAAUAAUUAAGAACCCAAUGGAUCUGGGGACAAUAAAGAAGCGCCUGGACAACAACUACUACUGGUCAGGCAAGGAGUGUAUCCAGGACUUCAAUACGAUGUUCACCAAUUGUUAUGUGUACAACAAACCCGGCGAGGAUGUGGUUGUGAUGGCUCAGACCCUGGAGAAAGUCUUCUUGACAAAAGUCGCUGAUAUGCCUAAAGAGGAGUAUGUGAUCGAUCCUCCAGCCAAGGGAAUCAAGGGAAAGAAAGGCAGAGUUGCGGGCACGCCAGGGGUCGGCGCAGGACGCGGACGACCACCAGCGGUCAGUUCUACCGUCGCCACACCAACAACUGCCCCUUCAACUGCGUUACCGUUGGGUACUCAAGCGCCCGCGACAGUUCCUGGCAGCACUGCCACCACCACGAUUGCGCCUACGACCCCCGUAACACACAGUAACCUGCCCCAACAGCUGGCUCAGCCCACGGCCGGCUAUCACGUCGCCCAACCCCUGGCCAACCCUCUGGAACCGUCAAACCUCGCUCCUAACGUACUCCCUGGAAACGUGAUGCCUCCCGCUCAACCUGCAAAGGUAAAAAAAGGUGUAAAAAGAAAGGCGGACACAACGACUCCGUCGGCGACGGCGUUUGAGUACAACACUCCAAUGGAGUCCAAGUCGGCGAAGAUAUCGACGCGUCGGGAAUCGGGUCGACAAAUAAAGAAACCAAUCAGGGCCGAAUUAGACGGCUUGGUGCCCUACAAUCAGGCCAACAUUUCACCUUUAAUGAACAUGAAUGCGUCCCAACAGCAGCACGCGUCGCACAAGUCCAAAGACAAGUUGUCUGAGGCGCUCAAGUCCUGUAACGAGAUACUCAAGGAGCUCUUUUCCAAAAAGCUUUCGACUUAUGCGUGGCCAUUCUAUAAGCCUGUGGAUGCAGAAUUGUUGGGGUUACACGAUUACCACGACAUAAUAAAGAAACCGAUGGACCUGGGAACUGUUAAACAAAAGAUGGACAACAGGGAGUACCGUACCGCACAGGAGUUUGCAGCGGACGUGCGGCUGAUCUUUACCAACUGUUACAAGUACAAUCCUGAAGAUCAUGACGUUGUUGCAAUGGCGCGAAAACUGCAGGACGUCUUUGAAAUGAAGUUCGCAAAGAUUCCAGACGAGUCCCUUCAGAGGGUGGGAGGCAGUUCAUCGACCAAGUCAGAUUCUAGUUCAUCAGGCUCAAGUUCAGACUCAUCCAGCGACACAGAAGACUCAGAAGAAGAGAGGCGGAACAAACAAUUGAAAAUGUUGGAAAAAGAAUUGAUAGCGAUGCAAGAAAAGAUGCGCAAGUUGGUGGAGGAAAGCGGGAAAAAGAAGAAAGCGAAAAAGAAAGCAAAAGAAAUAGAGAAGAGCAGCAAAAAGAUGGUAGCAAAUAGUAGCGCAUCCGCGGGAGGUGUGAGGGGACCGAAGCCAGCGCAGGGUAACGCAGCGUCCAAGAGACAGAAGGCAAACAAUAAGACUGGCGCCGGACGUAAGAAAUCGGCGGCGCAAGCCCCCGCACUUGCCUUCGACUCUGAGGACGAGGACAAUGCGAAACCAAUGUCCUACGAUGAGAAACGACAACUUUCAUUAGACAUCAACAAACUGCCAGGUGACAAAUUGGGGCGUGUAGUGCACAUAAUACAGUCGCGAGAGCCGUCGUUACGUGAUUCGAAUCCGGAUGAAAUCGAGAUCGACUUUGAGACGCUCAAGCCGUCCACGUUACGAGAACUGGAGAGCUACGUAGCGUCGUGUCUACGCAAAAAGCCACGUAAGCCCUACUAUAAAAAGAUGCCGGGCAAGUCGAAAGACGAGCAGAUAGCGGAGAAGAAGCAAGAGUUGGAGAAGAGACUGAACGACGUUAACGAUAAAAUAGGCAAUACAAAGAAGACGACAAAGAAAGAAGAGGCUAGCAAAGUGGAUCCAGCGGGAGCUGGCGGUCCCACCGGUCGCCUGUCCUCCAGUUCGAGCAGUUCGGACACGGACAGCAGUACGUCGAGCAUAUCGAGCAGCUCGUCGGACUCCAGCGACAGCGAAGCAGGGGGAAGUAAUAACAAACCGCCCAAGAAGAAGAACAAAAAAUCACCCAGUGGACACGCCACGACGUUACAGAAACAACCCCCCGUGACACCUGUUUCGACAACGGUGGUUAACAAUAACAACACAAACAUUACAACCCCUCAAACCUCAAAUGUGGUGAACAACAACGUCGUGAACAAACCUAAUGCAAUGGUUUCGCAGCAAGCGCCUCUGUCGGUUCGAAAAUCGUCGAUAGUUAGCGAAAAAUCUAUAAUACCACCCGUAAUACCUCCGUCGACGGUGGCUCCUACGCCACCCGUUGUCUCCCACCACCAACAACAACAACAACAGCCACCGCAACUAGCCAACAAACACUCUCCCGACAAAAAACCCAUCAUCUCCCCUCUACCUAACAACUUCACCGAUCCUCUCGAACAGUCCCUGGCUAGUUUAGAGCACGACAUUAUAAAAACUGAGCACAAUAUAAUAAAAAGCGAACCGUUAGAGGGUUUAGCACCCUCAAUACCUCCACCUGCAUAUCCUAAUCAUUCAAUUCCGCCCAAUCCUACCAUCAAUCCUUCGCCCAUGUUGCAGGGUAGUUUGGGAGGUCUGGAUGUCAAACCUCCGCAUCCAAUGGUGUCUAUUGAUCCUGGUGGUGGUUUGAUGCCCACGAAUUCUCUCAUGCAUCAUAACAAUCUUCCCACAUCGGCUGAUUUGAGUCACCCGCCCAUUGUGCCCCCCGUUACCUCAUCGCAUCCCAUGAUGCAUUCGAAUAACAACAACGGCUACGAACUGAAACAUUCGUAUGACAGUAACGGUCUCAUGAGCGCGGGGAUUCCUAUGAACAUGUCGAUACCGUCCAUGUUUGAUCCGUUACCCCAACAGCAGCCCGCAAUCAAAAAGGAGCAUCCUACACAAGUCUUGGGCUCGAAACCUCUAGAGGAAUUGGUGUCAACGGGAGAUUCGAAGCCCCAACACGAUAAACACGGGUUCAGUGGUGGCGUACCGCCUGGAGGUGGAGGUGGUAGUUACAAAAUGAAGACCACACCUGAAGCCGCCAACGUGAAGAACGCGAGCUCUUGGUCGAGUUUAGCGCAGGCGAGCAACUCCCCUCAAGGCGUCCCAGCCAACGCAAGCAGUUCAACGAGACAGCAUGUAAUGGAUAGUUUUAAGGCGUUUCAAAAACAGGCGAAAGAGAAAGCUGACAGGGAGAAACAGAGGCUGGAAAAUCUGGAACUUAAAAGGCAACAGAAGGAACAGGCGGAGAAGGAACGGCUCAGGGUAGAAAAUGAAAAGAGAAGGGAAAAAGAAGAGGAAGAUGCGUUAGAGAAAGCCAGGAAAGCGGUGGCUGAACAGCAGCAGCAACCGCUGCCCCCUGGAAGGGUGGACGAAUUGAGGAACUCCCCUGCUGAAGGCAGCAUAUCUCCUGGAUCUCAAAGUUCGGGUUCGGACAGGACAGAAAGGGAACGCCAGCGUUUACGGGAGCAGGAAAGAAGGAGACGGGAGGCGAUGGCGAACCAGAUAGAUAUGAACAUGCAGAGCGAUCUCAUGGCCGCGUUCGAAGGCUCCUUUUGUCCCGUGUCUCAGGGUCGGUAUCCGGAAGUGACGAAAAAGGAAUAUACACAGGCCAGUUCUUAAGAAAAUACCGGAUUUUUUUUCGCGUCGAGUCAUUUGUAUGCAUGCAAUAGGACAUAACUGUGGUGAAUGCUGGGGGUGUGUUUGUUAACUUGCUCAAAACAAAACUAAAAGAAAAAGUGGCGUGCUUUCGUUAUCUUUGAGAUAAUAAUUAUUUUUUCUCUCGUUGUUCUCUCUCCCCAUCCCCUGAGGCUUCCGGCUUCGCGUCGCGCAGGAACUCAAUUGUCGUGUAUAUAACUAGCAAUAUUAUUGAUUAUUACUAUUAAUAUUAUAACUGUAGUUAUUAAAUAUAAUAAUUUUUUUGCGGACUUGCUGUGUCGGCGGUUUGUAUAUACACAUAUAUAUAUAUAUAAGGCGAGAGAAAGAGAGAGAGAGAGCGAGAGAGUAAAAAGGAGCUACCAGGGAUUUUGGUACAGUAGUAGUGACAAAAACGAACUCUGUCGGGUGUUGUAUCUAAUUUUAUUUUUAUUAAAUUGCAACAGACACGAUAUUGUAUAAUAUGUACGCCGGGUGUCGAUAUUAUUAACAUACUAAGCGUAUUUCGAUCGUUGACAGACAGACAGACAGAUACAUUGUAGAUAUUUGCCUUCGAAGAAGCUCUUCUUGUUAAUGGGGUUCUUCAAUUAAUUUUAUCGUGUAUUAACUUUUGCGAAAUAUUUUUUAAGUUGUCUGUCGAAGGCAAAAAAAAAAUAGGGCGAGAGAGAGAGGGCGGUGGUGGGUGGCCACGUACACCCACCUUCUCCCCACUUUCCCCUCUAAAGCUGUGGACUAGCGGUAGGAUAGAGUAGUAGCAUCGUGGACGUUUUUUAAGUGAUUUUAAA